CUUGCCUAUGAAGCUAAUUUGUUUGUCUGUUCAAGGUCACUGAGUUGGCUUUGUUGUUAGGUUCGGCAUAUUUCAGACAAAUCAGGGAAGGAAUGACGUAGACUACAAGCAUUCUGUGGUUGUCCAAAAACAAUUCUGGAACUAGACUAAACUAACUUGCUAAGUACUCAUUACAAAUUCUGCGGUACAUGUCGAGACACAGAAACAUACGAGCUUUGUGUGAUGACGGUAAGUGUAGUUCGAUUUCCUAUGAAACUGAUUAGACGUCGACACAUACGAUGAAGUGCUGGCCAGUUCAGUAGAUGAUGAUUACACAGUAUCUCCGAAUACAUCGGAAAGAUAUAUUUAUAAUCCGAAUCGUGGAUUCAAACAAGACAUACCGAUAUUCCCAGUGACAAAUAUCGAGCCGCUUAGUUUUACAGCAGAGGACUUCCCUGCCAAUGAAGCUGGAAAAAUCUUACCAGAUUCUCCCGGUGACGUAUCUGGACGAAUUUCAUCUCAACAAACAUUUGACUUCUCAAAUCACAACAAUGUGGAGAGUAAAAAUCUGAAGAACAGUAAACAGACUGUCGACGAAGUGUUUGGCAACAGCGAUCUUUUUGAUUCUAGUAUUUUUAAACCUGCGAAAAUGGCUGUGCAGAAUGAGUUAAUGAAUAGUCUCAGUUUUGUUAAUAAAAGCAAAUCAGAGGAACUGGAUUUUGAUCUACUUGAUUUACUUACUUCCAAAUCUUCUACUAAAUUACAACCGUCUCUCCAGGAGCCUGCAAAAUGCAAACGUAAUGAUCACGACACUAGCAUGACUCCUGGCUACAAAUCAAACUGUAUUCAUCUGUUGUCACAAACAACCAGUCUUUUUGCUACCAGUUCUAGUAUUCCAAAGUCCUCUGACAAAAUGGUACAUGGACUCCCAGUAGUAGAAUCGAACACAAAUGAAUCUUUUGCUGGAUGCAAAACCCCUAGUUUUCUUGGUUUAGUAAUGCCAAAAUAUAAAGCAGAGAAAUCUAAUGCGUUUGAUGAUAUGUUAUCGAGGUUUUCGUAUGUACUGGUUCGAACACGUUCGCCUAUAUACGGCUGUCUCUUCCCAACAAACUCUGUUUCGGGGUUUACUUUUGAUAUUCCAGAACCUAAAACUUUCGAUCGUCAGUGCUCAAAGUCAACAAAUUUUAAAGUCGAUAGACCCUGCAUCUCGAGUAAAACUGCUCAUGGUUCUUGUGUUACACAAGUACGUCCAACAGAUGAAGACAAAUCAUUGGAUACGUUAAAUUUAUCACUAUCACAGAAACUAACAAUUUGUCAAUCUGACGGUCGUCCUAAUGUUUUGCGCACUCCGGUUAGUAAUGCUCCAGCAACUCCCAGUAAACCGAUCGAUCGUCAUUCACUAGUAAGUGAAUAUGCAAAACUUCACAAAGGAUCAGGAGAUAAACAAAUAAUCAAUCUUAUAGUUAUGGGUCAUGUGGAUGCCGGAAAAAGCACGCUUAUGGGAAAUCUUCUCUAUCUGCUAGGACAUGUUUCUGGUAAACAGUUGGCUAAAUAUCAAUGGGAUGCACAAAAGAUGGGGAAAGCAUCAUUUGCUUAUGCAUGGAUUCUGGAUCAAACUUCAGAAGAAAGAAGUCGUGGUGUCACAAUGGAUAUCGCCCAAACUUCAUUUGAAACGAAAUCCAAACGGGUUGCUUUGAUGGAUGCUCCGGGGCAUAAAGACUUCGUUCCACAAGUAAUCGGAGGUGCUACACAAGCUGAUGCUGCUCUGCUAGUAAUCAAUGCUACUCGAGGUGAAUUCGAAACUGGUAUCGGUACUGGUGGGCAGACAAGGGAACAUGCUAGAUUAGCUCGUUUGCUUGGGGUGUCUCGUUUAAUUGUCGCAGUGAACAAAAUGGACACAGUAGACUGGUGUCAGUCACGAUAUGAUGAAAUUCAGUCACAAGUAUCCGGAUUUUUAAAAUCGAUGAAUUUUUCUGGAAUGGUAUUUUGUCCCGUAUCAGGACUAAUCGGAGCAAAUUUAGUACCACAAGAUACGACUAGUUGUAAAAAUGCAUCUGAGUCCAGUUCAAAACUUUUUCAAUGGUAUUCAGGACCCUGCUUAUUAGAUCUUAUUGAUUCAAUCCCAUCACCUGAAAGAACUGUUGAUGGACCAUUUCGUUUUGUUGUCAGUGAUAUAUUCAAACCGGCUGGCUCAAGCAUACCGGCUGUUGCUGGUCGUGUUGUUUCAGGUGCUGUUUCCGCUGGUGUAAAUCUACCCACAAGUAGAGUAAUCUGUCUCCCCAGUGAUGUGCGUGCUUGUGUUAAGUCGAUUAGAUCUUUGUGUAAUUCACGUUCAGGUCCAACGGAUACUGCUGAAGGUGAUCUUGGCGGAAAACUGUUAGAUCAGGUGGUAAAAUUUGCAUUCGCCGGUGAUCAGGUGGCAUUAAUGUUGGCAGACAUAGAUCCAUUUCAGGCUUUAAUUCCUGGUGAUUUAAUUACUGAUCCCGAUAAUCCCAUUCCACCGGCCACAUGUAUAUUAGCCAAAUUGUUAGUAUUCACUAUACGACAGCCUAUUACCAGAGGUUACCCUGUAAUAUACUAUUACAAUUGUACUAGUGUAGCAGCCAAUAUUACUAAACUGAAGUCUAUGACUCACAAAGAAAAUAAAAUGGAGAAGACUGUUAAAAAGCCAAGAUGUCUUUUGGGGAACUGUACAGCUGAUGUGGUGUUAACAUUCGAAAGACCAAUUUGUAUAGAAACAUAUGAAAAGUGUAAAGCUCUUGGGAGGUUUAUGCUUCGUGUGGGUGGGGAAUCAAUAGCUGGCGGUACUGUUACAACGAUACUUCCGAUGACAAAAAAUCGACUUAUUGACGUGUAACAACGCUCGAAUUCUCACACCGAAAGAAAUACGCGUGAAACAUUUUCUAUCUCUUAAUGCCGAAAUGUCUUUCAUUAUCUUUGUCCUGCUCUCUUACGUUUUCCACUUUUUAAAGAAAUGAUCUAAUAAUGCUAACUUUCUUUUUAGUCCUAACACUUCAUUUCAAACCUGACGACUGAAUAUCUUUUAUUCAGGAGUGCAUUCAAAUUGUGCUUUAUUAUUGUCAAAUGGUCUAGAUUUUCUAAAGGUUUGGGUUCAAACUUUUAGUCCAGUGUAUUUGUGUAUUAUUUAAAAUUGAUGAAAUACAACCUCACAGCAGU